AUGGGGCAACAUUGGCAAACCUCAGCAAACGACUCCGGUGGAGAGAGGCGAGAGCUCGAGCCCGGUCCCGGCCCGGAGCCUUCCUUGGCUGGGGCGUAUCGCCCCGAGCUGCCCGCAGCGGAUCGGGAGCGGCGCUGGGGCCGCGCUGGAGGGAGCGCCCGGCGUCGGGCCCCGUCCGCGGCGCGAUCGCAACGAAAUCUUCGGCCGGAGGCUGCGGAGGGAGCGGAGCCGGCGGCUCGGGCCCUACCCGGGAGGACUCUGGCGGGGAGCGAGCCCCGGCCCACAGCCGCUGCCUGUCUUUCCGCAGAUUCCGAGGAUGUCUCCUCCAGCGACCGAAAAAUGUCCAAAUCCUCCCUAAAUCAGAGCAAGAAACGAAAGAAGAGGCGGCACAGGACAAUCUUCACAUCCUAUCAACUGGAGGAGCUGGAAAAGGCCUUCAAUGAGGCCCACUAUCCUGACGUAUAUGCUAGAGAGAUGUUGGCCAUGAAAACAGAAUUGCCAGAAGACAGGAUACAGGUUUGGUUCCAGAACCGCCGGGCCAAAUGGCGGAAGAGGGAGAAGUGCUGGGGCAGGAGCAGUGUGAUGGCUGAGUACGGGCUCUACGGUGCCAUGGUGCGUCACUCCAUCCCGCUGCCUGAAUCCAUCCUCAAGUCUGCCAAGGAUGGCAUCAUGGAGUCCUGUGCCCCUUGGCUCCUGGGGAUGCACAAAAAGUCUCUGGAGGCAGCGGCUGAGGCGGGGAGGAAGACAGAGGUGGAGCGCCAGGCCCUGCCCAAGCUUGACAAAGGUGACAAAGAAGAAAGGGGUCCUGAUCCCAAAACCACCAUUUCCCAGGAGGAACUGAGAGAAAACAGCAUUGCUGCCCUCAGGGCCAAAGCUCAGGAGCACAGCACCAAAGUCCUGGGGACCAUUGCCGGGGACACCCCAGCCCCAGGCAGGAAGCCGGAGACAGGGGAGGAGGCGGCAGUGGCAGAGGAUGAGAGACAGACGGAGAAGUUGAACUCAUCGCAGAAGGAGGAGAAGUUGAUCUAGGGGGAAGAGAGGUGGCAGAAGCCAGCCCCGACAGACACUGUGUCCUCUGGGGGCCAUGUUCCCCCUUGGACUGCCAGGUGUCCCCGGCCACCCCUGCCAGG